UGUGCUGGAGGUGGAAAAUUCUGGAAUGACGAGCAACUUAGGUAGGAAUGUAGUCUCAGCGCAGGAUAGUGCGUGAUUACUCUCGUUCGGAAGAUCAUCCAUGGGGCAGCCAUAAUAGUUCGUGGAAAUCAGGUUAAAUGACAUGUUCAAGCAUCGAACUUGGUGAAGAAGAGUUGAUUGCCACGCCUCACUUGUGUCUCAAAUGCAGCGCACAAUCUGUCACUACAGGCGUCCCCGGGCUAGUCCCGGCUGUAUAUUUUAAUGUACCUCGCACAGGAAGUACAACAAGCUCUCAAGAUUUGCGCGCUACUUCUGCAAACAUAUUGAUUUAUAUGAGUGUACAGCGAGACCUACUGCGACAAGUGACACGUUGCGGAAAUACCUCCACCGUAUUCUUGAGCUAAGCUUGUAGUAAGUCAGUACAUACUCCUUUAUGUUCAGACCGCGUGAAUUUUGUUGAUUCUUAAACAUCAUAAGUACCACUGUGGCGAAUAGGCCGGAUCCGUUAGGCGUCACGCUAACAAGCAGAACGAGUAUACAGUAUAUCUGCCCUACAGUUGUAGUCGGACAAAUUGUUAUUAGCGUCACGCGUACCUCGGCGUCAUGUGUCUAUCCUGCCGCCGAGCUAAUAUGUCUCGGGAGUCCUGGAAACGCCGCUCUCACAGUUGAAUCCACCACUAACACGAUGGGGUAUCCUACCCUUACAAGCACUGCGGCUCUAUUCGUUUUUGCCUGCCUACUCUUUGUAUCGGUGGAGUCGCAAGCAACGAUCAAGGACAUCGACCCUAAUUCGCGACCAACUUUGCUGCUUACCGGUGAUUCGCUAACGGAGCUAGGCGCCGACCCAUCGAGAAUGGGCUGGGUUUCGCUACUGCAGAAUGAUUAUAUCCGUACGGCUGACGUUAUUGUGCGCGGCGUCUCGGGAUACAACACGAAAUGGUUCCUGAACAAUGUGCUGCCCACCAUUGAGGAAGAACUCACCAGCAACAAGUACGCUAUCCCGUCACUCAUUACGCUUUGGCUGGGCACCAACGACGCUGUCUUGACCAACGGCAGCAACCCCGAGAUGCACGUCCCGGUUACUAACUACAAGGAGAAUUUGGUCAAAAUCGUCAACGGGUUCCAGAAACUUGCCCCUGAUGCUGCCAUCCUGCUUAUCACUCCAGCCCACGUCGACGAUGGCGCCCGAAUCAACUCAGAGCGAAACGAUACCAAGCGAGGACUUGUCGACCGCUCCAACGCCGUGACAAGCAACUAUUCCCAAGCGUGUGUGGAAGUCGCUGGCACUCUCGACGUCCCGGUGCUCGACUUGAACGCGCACUUUAACGCCAUGGCUCAGCCGGAAAGAAACGCUUUCCUGCUCGAUGGCCUGCACUACAAUGCGGAAGGGAACAAAGUUGUGCACGAGCUACUGCAGAGCAAGAUCAACAGCGACUUCCCUACCUUGAGCGAAAGGCUUUCAACUUGGCAGUCCCCGGCUGCUAGCAAGUGGGCGGCCGAAGACCCGUGGACUGCGGCUACGCCAUGAGAGCAGAUACCGCUGCAGCAACCUCUAUCGAUCGAGAUACAAGUUUAAGGUAGCGUCAUGUUCUAGCCUCUGAAGUUUACCUUGAAAGCUGUCAUUACUCCAGUUUUGAGAAUUUCUAGCACUGAUUGAAAGCGAAUACGGCCUAUUCGCCACAGUGGUACUUAUGAUGUUUAAGAAUCAACAAAAUUCACGCGGUCUGAACAUAAAUGAGUAUGUACUGACUUACUACAAGCUUAGCUCAAGAAUACGGUGGAGGUAUUUCCGCAACGUGCCACUUGUCGCAGUAGGUCUCGCUGUACACUCAUAUAAAUCAAUAUGUUUGCAGAAGUAGCGCGCAAAUCUUGAGAGCUUGUUGUACUUCCUGUGCGAGGUACAUUAAAAUAUACAGCCGGGACUAGCCCGGGGACGCCUGAACCGGACAACCACCUGGGACGGCGCCUGCAAAGAGACGCUAAAUUGCUUUUUGAUUCGAUCGACGCACGAAAUAAACAAUGUCAUGAUGAAGUAGCUCGUAUCGGUACGGAAACCUAGGAAAGACGUGCCAAUUGCAAGAGUAAAUUGCGAAGUGACAUAAUUAAAUAGGAGCAACAAAGAUUUAAUUCUCAGGGAGAAAGCAAAGGAGGGGGCCAGUUAUGAGCAUGGACCAACUGAGCUUUUGUUUGACAAAGUGGAAGCAUUAUGCUACAUGUAUUCGACAAUUGAAACGGAUGGCGGGACCCCGGGGUCCCGCAUAAAAACCGCUCACUUCGGGAAUUAUUUAUUUUUGUCGCUGCAGGCCAAAUCCCCCUGGCUCUACCAGUCGAAACCACUUUGCGUCCGUCGGCAUCAGCACCAAGCACGCCACCUCGAGCCACGGGAGGCUCUCAAUCGACUGUUCCUCCACGCAAGCGGAAGAAGCGGGAGGAUCGAAAGGAGGCGGCCUAUAACCGCGCGAUCUAUCACCUUCUGUCCUCGGCCAUCCCAGUUCCGCAGGUUCUGUCGUCGAUCUGGAUUUGAGUCGGCCCCGAAUCACGCCGCGGUUCGGGCACGAUCACCCACAAUCCGGCUUGCCACAUGUCCUGCCUUACGCGCCGGCGUCAUCGGACCACCUGAGACCUCCCGAAGAACUCCUUCUGAUCCGUAGAUCCUUGCUGCCUGUCUCUCAAUCGCCGAUCUCCCACGCCUCCAGUCGAUCGGCCCUGCCGCCUUUCUCGGAGAACAAGUCUUAUUCAGCACUUCUCCACACCCGAGUGUACCUGAAGCCAUUCUCAAUGCUCCUGUUCAAGAUGGUAAGACUCCGGGUGGACCCGACACUGAUGAUCAAGGAGCUCACAAGCAAAAACAAAAGAAGCGUAAACCAGGUCGACCCCGAAAAAGCCCCUCUCACCCCCGUAGCAACCAGCCUUCCAUACUGCAGUUUUUCGGCGCAAAACCAGCUAGUAGUUAGGCCAAGUACAUCCUAGUCCGUGCAUUCAUUACCCACAUAUAUAAUACAUUAGUACUUAGGAGUGUGAUAUGGUUACCGGUUUGUGGUGAGAGCACCGGGGUCCCGCCAUGCGUUUCAAUUUAGGAAGCGGAUCUGUAAUGUCCAGGUGUCGAGCCAAUACGAAGCAGAUCUUCGCGUCGUCCUGUACCAACCACACUGUCGAGAUGCUCUUAACACAGGACCUCUGGAUAGAGAAGGACCAGAACUGCCGUUUGGCCGGGUGUACUUGGGCAGGCAUAAGUGCGGUUAUUCGCCAAAUCAUAAUACAAAUAUACCUCUAGAAAGCUAAGAAUCUAUCUAGACGCAUGGCGCUAAGUGAACUGUGCUAAGGACAGCAUUAUUCGUAAGAACUUCGCCCAAACACGACACCCCCGCGUAGGUGGCCGCAAGUCCUAAGCAAGGGGAACCUCCCCUAAACACUCUAAACAUCUCUACAACACCCAGCCUAUCUCUUCGUGCCCGGGGAGAGCUUUUCCCAAAACCAGUACCAGUCUGGGGUCCUAAUCCCAGGACCAGUACCAGUCCCAAAACCAGCAGCAGUAGUAAUCCGAAGUAGAGUGGACCACUUGCAUUUGGGCCACAAGUACGCGAGGACGAGAUGCUAUCUUUAUCGUUGGGGUCGAUGCUUCCAACCAUGGCCUUCACAUCAGCUUCCCCCCUCUGGAGCAAAAGCUUCACCCUCCCUCGACCUGCUGCAGCUCCUGCUCUCUACACCCCAAGACCACCGUCGGCACAAGUACCUCAACGCAACUCUACUAGGCAACACUCGCGUCAACUUUAACGCUUCCAAAGACAAACUUCCUGCUUUUGCAGCUUCGGUGCUUCCGAAGACAAGUUUCGUUCAGUUCCUACGAGAGAGUCACCGCAUCGAUCUCUUCUAUCCACAGCUGAGCGUGGACGCGCAGAGUCACCUCACUCUGCACUGUAGCAUCGCUGUCAUGACCACUGGAGUCUUCACCUUGGUGGAUUCCCACCUUCAGCCGAGCACGCC